AUGUAUUUAUAUCUACCAAUCCUAACCGCACUCGUGUCUUUUACCUCUGCUCAAUCCGAUGUUACAGCUAGCAGCGGAACUGGAUCGAGCCCCUCACAAAAUGGCUCGUACUUCGAACAAUACAACCAACGGCCCAACGCUACUGGCAGUGGUCAUUUAGUUGGCGCCAAUACAUCGGAAAUUCCCUUAUUCCUAUCAUUUGUUAACUGGGAUACACAAAUUAACGUAACCGAAGUCCCGUGGACUGGUAAUCAAACUGUGACAAACACAGUGAUAUCACUCAGUGCCUCAGAAAACGAUUUCGCGGCCAAUUCUUCAUGGGAAACAUGCGUGGUUCUCUUCACAAAUGUACCCAGGAAUGUGACGGUGAAAGGUCAAGAUGAUACCGGAGACUGCACCGCCUUAUAUUCCAACGAUUGUAUAAGCAAUUUUACUGUUGCAAUUCAAGACGCCAGAGCAAAAGCUACCUCACGAGAUUCUACUGGUACUUGUGGGAGUAUGUCGUUCGAUGAUAUACCAAGUCAAUGUGCAGGAUCAAUACUUCUUGGAUCUAUUGCCCAAAAUGUCACAUCAAACCAAACCGACGGGUCAGCAUGGAUGUAUGAAUCUAGUGAUCCACACGAUUCGACCAACUUGACAUUCUACGAUGAAGCAGUUACGAGAAUAUGGCCCAUAAUGCUGAUUCAAAAUCCGAGCGCUGAUGUCUCUGGAGGGGCGGGGUUCACACAUGCCGAAUUGAGUUGUCUGAGGGCGGAGAAUGUUACUAGCGGGAGCAAGGAGGUGAUGAUGUUCCGGGAGCCGGAAAUAGAUUGGUUCUUGGUGGAUGGGCAUUAUUGCUCGUGA